UGGGUCGAUCCCCAGCUCCACGCAACCUGCAACCAUUUUAACAAGCGUUCGCGUGUGUGUUAUUUUUUUAAAAAAGCUCCUUCACAAGGUUUUGUUUCUCCAUUCAAGUAAGAAACACUUCUGCGGGGUCCGCAGGAUGGCCGAGAGGGAGCCCGGCUCGCCUGGGAAACUAAAGACUUUAAUUUAGCCGACGCUGUCUUUUUUUCGGAAUACGGGGACAAUUUCUUUUUAUAACUUUCCCCUGUGUGGAUAAUGGAUGGCAGAGAUUUCGGACCUCCCCGAUCCGUCCACGUUCCACCUCCGCUGCUGGCCGGGCUCGCGAUGGAGUCUCACCGGCUCGGAGCUGCAGCCGCCGCCGGGAGGAUGCCUCCCUCGCCCGGGCACUUGGGCGCGGGUCAUCCGCCGCCUCUCCACUCCGGGAAAUUCAUGCCAUCGGCCAUUAACCUCCAUCCACACCACAGCGAUGCCUUCCCGACAGGCUCCAGUCACUUCCUGUCUGGUUAUCCAGGCCCCUCCCCCCUGACCUCUGACCCUGCGUACAGAUCGGCCAACCCCAGCAGCCUGCAGAUGGCUCAGCUCUGGGCAUCACACACUCAUGAAGGCUACCCCCCCCUGCCCGGCAGCCUGUACUCCAGCCCCUACCUGUCCCUGGGGCACCUUGACCCUCCCUCGCUGUCGCAGCACCCUCUCUACGACUCACACAAAGAGGGUUUCUACCUGCCGGCCUCCUUGAGCCAGUCUCCUCUCCAUCCUCCGGCUGCGCCCCCGACCUCCCUGUCCAGCUCCACGCCUCCUCAGAGGACGUCCCGGGACUGCGGUAGGGACCGGCUCUACCGGGCGGAGAGGGAGAGAGAGAGGGACAGGGAGCGGUCAAGAGAGGAGCUGCAGGAGCAGCGGCCUCGUAGUGUGGUGGACCUGACGCAAGAUGGGCGGAGCGAGGAGGAGCGCCGGGCGAGGAGCGGGGACCGGGAGCGCGAGAAAGAAAGGGACCGGGACACGGAGAGAGACAGAGAUGGUUGGUCUUUUCAUCCUCACCUCCACCAGCAGAAAUCACACUCUCAUCCCUCCACAGUGGAGGCCAGAUCCAGGCCUUCUCCUCUCCAGCCCACCUUCCCCUCACCUGGGGGUGCGGGCAGGUUCCAUGUACCAGAAACGGACAGGAGGAGUCGGGAGGAAGAGGGCGGCGCUCGACCGCAUCACAACCAUAACGCAAAUAACUCAAACUCUCAACCAGACAGACUGAGACGGAACGAUUCUGCGGCAAUGUCGGCUGCGAAUCUCCAAAUGUCCUACGCCCUUGCUCCUGCGCUCGCUGGUCUGCCCCACCCCUCCACGCCCAGAGACCCUAACAGAGAACAGCGAGUCACCGCACCUACGUAUGUGCCUUCUGUGGAGGUUUACGACGAGCGGGCUGGGCCGAUCCAGAUCGCCUCACAGGCCCGCGACAAACACAGAGAGCGGGAGAGAGAAAGGGAGCGUGAACGGGAGAGAGAAAGGGAACGGGAGAGGGACAGGGAGAGGGAGAGCUACAGGUUUCCUGAGAGGAGCCUGAUGGAUCAUCCUCGACUCUCCCAGUCUGGCGAUUCAAGCAAUCAGAGAGAGGAAGGUUCGGUCAUUUGUUCCAAUGGUUCCAUUGGUAAACGAGGACAGGACUCCUCCAGUCAAUCAAGGUUCAGCCCAGAAACCAGGGACACCUCUAAACACUCCAUCCGACUGGGUGUGGAGCGUGCAGGGGGGGAGCCUAAGUGGAAUAACAUCAGCCCAUUGGCUAAUUAUGCCACGACUCACAUGGCUGCUCUGGCAGCUCAACACGGACACACACUCUCCUCACCCCACAGCCAACCUACACAAACACAACUGUCCCCACACACAAGUCACCGGCCCAACAGCAACCCACACUCCCACAGCCAUUCUCCCCAGACUCACACCUCCCAACAUGGACAUGGGCGUUCAGGUGAGGAGGGGAGUCAGAGACGCUACCUGGACCCAUCAGCUCUCUACCGACCCGGGGGGCCACUGGUGGGAGGGUCCAGCGGGGGCGAGCGAGCUGCGGGGGCCGAAUCGGACCCCCAGGAGGUUUCAGCCAUGCAGAGUCUGAUCAAAUACAGCGGAAACUUUGCUGCUGAGGGUCCGGGGUCGGCCAGACUCGCCGCAGACGGCCGAGGGCCCUUUGGAGGUCUGGGUAACAUUGGCAUGGAUGGUGAAAGAGAGAGGGACCGGCAAAAAGAGAGAGACCAUGAAAGAGAAAGAGAGAGGGAAAGGGUACCGGUCGGACCUGGUGGUCCAGGGGCGUUGAGGGUCCCUCCCCAGCUGAAGAGGGAGCAGGAGCGGCCGGACAGCGCUCGCUCGUUUGGCCGGGAGGGGGAGGGCGAGGUGCGGCACCCCCCGGUGGGCAUCGCUGUGGCUGUGGCCCGGCAGAGGGACUGUGGCAGCAGCAGCAAACCAGCCAGCGGACCCUCAGACACACAGAGACCCCUUCUGCAAACUGCUAUUAAAGAUGAGGAGCGAGGGGAGGAGCGCGCUCGCCACCAUGAAGAGCGACUGCUGGCCGGCCGACUGGAGCGUGAGCAGGAGAAAGUGCUCAGAGAGUCCAAAGAGCUGGCGGAGUUCACGCAGAUGCAUCCUCCUCCUCUGUCUGGCGGCCUGACGCCCAGUAUGAUGACCCCCAGCCUCAUGAACCCCAACCUUAUGGUGACAGGAGGGGCCGGGCGUUGGCCCCCAGACCAUGGCACUCUGACCUCCCACCCCUGGAUGCCCCGGCCAGGAGGCCCCCCAGUCUGGCUCUCCAGCAGCCCAUACAGCCUCGGUCCCUCCUCACUCCACCAGACCCUUCCUCAAGGUUACCCCCCCUCUCUGCAAGGCUCCUUACCGCCGUCUUACCAGUUUGCCAGGGACCCCCAGUCUGGGCAGCUAAUAGUCAUCCCUACUGAGCACCUGCAACACUACGGAGGCGAGGUCCUGGAGCGUGGCGGCCCGGUGUGGUCGGGGGUGUACGGUCCGGGCAGCUCGCUGCAGCACGCCGCCCAGCUCCAGCUCCUCUCCCAGCACCAGAUGCUGCGGCAACAGGAGCUGCUCAUGAUCCAGCAGCACACAGCUCAGGUCCUGGAGCUGCAGAGGAGUGCGCAGUUUGUUGAACGUUUAAAGGCCAGCGAGCACCGGUCAGACAUGGAAGACAAGGCAGACAAGCGGAACACAGACCCCAAACCCAGACCCUCCUCAAUAUGCUCCCCAUCGCCUUCACCCGUCCUGCAUCCUCGCAAACCCCCCCGUCCCUCUCGCACGCCAACGCCCUCCACGUCCUCCCUCACCCCGCUGCCUCCGCUCCGCUCGCCUGUGACCAGGCUCAAGUCAGAGGAAGCGGCGCAGAGAGUGUUGGUGCACUCGCCGACCCCCCUGCCGCACCCACCGUCCCCCCGCUCUGCCUCGCCGCCCCCGUCUUCGCCACGGCGGCCUAAGCAGGAGGCGGCUGAGGAGGAGGUGGGACGGAGGGAGCAGAGGGACGGACGGAAACCGGGCUCCGCCCCCUUUCAGGGCAUCUACCCUGAUGUCCCUCCAGGUUACCCUUACCAGUCUGUCACUGCCACAUUUAGCCCCCCGUUUCCCUCUCAUCACAUCCCAGCACCUACAGGGACAAACACAGAGCUGGUCCCAGGACACCGCUCCCGCUCGCCACCAUCAGCUGCCCCUUUACCCUCAGCACACAUCCAUUCAAGGCUCCUGGACACGGACAUUAAGCCACAGAAACUAGAUCCAUCGAAGACGGGGUCUUUCCUCAAACAGGAACCCGGUGUGGAGCGGCCUCUGCUGGGCGUGGCGCCAGAACCUCUGGGUCACCUUCGCUGCGGCCCUGUGCGAGCCAGCCCACACAGAGAGACGGAUGGGGAAGUUUCAAAGCCUCAGCCUCCGCCGCUGCGUCUGUACGUCCCCAGUCCUCCACCACUACGAGGUGAAAGGCUGGAAGAUGUCAGGGAGGAAGAGAAGGAACAAAUCAAGAUGGAGGUGUCCUCUUACCCAUGCCAGGCAGCGUACCCUCCACCCCCUCCACUCACAGAAGCUGAGCCCAAACCAAUCGCCAUCAAGGAUCCAGAGCAAACACGAUACCCACCAUGCAUCACUGCAGAUUCAGACUGUCAGGAAUCGGCUCAGAAGAGAGUUCUUCUGGAGCAAACCGCCAGUGCUGUGUGUGAACAGGAACAACCAGACACUCCCGUUGACUCCCACACUCCCCAUCAGAAAGAACUUGAACAGGAGACCCCUGUUUAUCCACCUUCCACUUCCAGCUCUCCUCUCCCGCUGGUCUUCGGCCCUGAGGAUCCCAUGGCAGGGAUGCUCGCCCUGCUGGCAGCCAGCGAGAUGGCCAACCACACCCGCCCCGACACCCCACCCGCCCCAAUACUCCUACCCCAGAUAGAUCUCCUUCCUGUGGCAGGGCCUCUGGAGAUGGUGGCCCUCGAGGGGAUGGCCCUGCUCAGCCAAAUGGCGCAAUUAGAGAUGGAGCAAAUCAACCAGGGCCAAAGUCUGACACUAGAAGGUCUGGAUUGUCUCCUUGAGGCCAGCAGACAGGUCCUGUUGGAGGCCAUAGAGAAACAGUCCCACAUCGAUCUGCCCAGAACUCUGGACCCCAACAAGAAGUACAGCUGGAGGCAGAGGAAGGAGCCGCUGUACAGUAAGAUGUCUGCGGACAUGAUGGACGCGGUGGAAGUGGAGUACCGCAUCCGCCUGGCUGAGCUGCAGAAGACGUACAAGGAGCAGCAGCGAGAGAUGAGCAAGCUGCAGAGACGCAGAGACAAGCAAGAGCGGCUACAGCAGGAGGAUGAGAGGCGGAGUCUCACCAGACGGGGCAGAGGGCGACCCAGGAAGAGAAAACUUAUGGCCACACCUCCCAAACUGGACAGCAGGCCUGGAAAGGUGGGAAGGACAGUGCAAUACUCUGAGGACUCUGAAGCUGGGGAAGGACAGAGGAAGAGGUUCUGUGUGUCCCGGGAAGAGGAAGAGACGGAGGCAGGAGGUGGAGGAGUGAAGGUGAAAAAGAAGAAAAAGAAGAAGAAGAGCUGGACGGAACAGGAACCUUCCACCAGUCACACUCUAGAGGUGUUGAAGGCAAAGCGCGGCCAUGAGUUUGAGCAGGAGCAGCUGGCGUCGGACCUGGACCGAGCGCUCUCGCUCUCACAGCUCAGCUCGCUCGGCGCCUCCCGCAAACUCUCCUCCAGCGACAAAUCCGACAAGUCGAAGGGCAAGUCCUCUGACGGCCGGAUGAAAGAGCACGGCGUCCACUCCGCUGCCAAAGGAGGGAAACACAAGAUGGCCGCCAAGGCUUCCACUUCCGAGAGCGUCCAGAAAGUGAAAGCUCAGAAGAAGACGGCUUUGUUCUCUACCAUGAGAUCCGAGCUCAGCAGCUGCUCCAACAACUCAGAUUCAGAGGAGCACAAUUCUGCCCGGGGGGGCUGGCCCCCUCUCUCUGGGACGCAUUCCCAUGGCGACCUGACCAGGAAGAGGCGGCCUGCAUCGUCGCCGACGUCCCUGCUGUCCGCUCAGAAGUCUCAGAAGAAGAAACACAAGCACUUAUCCCUGCUGCUGGAGGAGGCCGGCCUCAGCUCCUCCGACGACUCCUUCGACCAAGAAACCUCCGAGGACGAAGAUGAUGAAGAGGAGUUUGAUUCCGACGAUGGCGGCUGUGAGGAGAGCGGGCUGGGGAUGCUGGCCCGGUUUGCGGCUAACGCGCUCCCCGUCAGCGCGACCCCCCCGAGCCUCCUCCAUGAGGGCAAACACCGCAGCAGGCAAAGCACUCUGGGUUCAUCAGAGUGCGAGUGGUCAGACUCCGGCUCAGACCUGCGACUGAGGAAGUUUCCCUCUCUGCUCCACGGUAAGCGCUCCGCCCCAGAGCUGCCCCUGUUGCCCCCGGCAACCCGGCGCAGCGACCAGACCAGCCCCACCAAGCGAGAUGAAGCGCCAGUCAAACGCAAGCCCCUGCCCAAGCCCCGCCCCUCGCCCAGAUCGCCCGGACCAUUCAGCUUCGACCUCGGCAGCAGCCACGGGUUCGGAGGCUUCAGCGAGGACGAGGCCUGGAGCCGGAGACGCAGCGAGAGGAUUUUCCUUCAUGACGCCACGACCUCAGCGACUCAGCUGUCUGUGUCGGGCCUGGGAUCAAUCAGUCAGAGCUGCUCCACCUCGUCCUCCAGCUCAGGACCACCUCUGACCCCGAAGCCCGCCCCCAGACCCAAACCCCCUCCGCCCAGCAAAGAGGGGAAAGACCUGGUGAAAAAGAAGAAGCUGAAGGACUCUCCUCUGCCUGUGAGCCCGUCCGUCCUGUGCAGUCCAAUCACAGACGUCCCCUUGGCGCUGAGCCUCAGCCCGACGAGGAAGAGCCAACCAAAACCCAAGACCAAGGCCAGAGAGCCUUCCAGAGGAGCGGUGAGCCGGCUGAUGGAGAGCAUGGCGGCAGACGAAGACUUCGAGCCCAACCAGGACAGCAGCUUCAGCGAAGACGAACUUGUCACCCCGCGCAGCCACAGUGUCUCAGAGAGGUCCUCCACACCCGCUCCGGUGCAGUGUGUGUUGGAUAAGGAUUCCCUGGUGGACGGACUCAGAGUUCUGAUCCCGAUGGACGACCAGCUGCUGUACGCCGGACACGUGAACACGGUGCACUCUCCUGACAUAUACAGCGUGGUGGUGGAGGGAGAGAGAGGAAACCGACCUCACAUCUACUGCUUGGAACAACUGCUGCAGGAAGCUAUCAUCGAUGUGAAGCCUCCGUCCGUGCGCUAUCUCCCCGAGGGAACUCGCAUCGCUGCGUACUGGAGCCAGCAAUACCGCUGCCUGUACCCGGGGACCGUUGUCAACGGAAGUUCAGAUAUUGACGAGAACGACGAUCUGAUCACGGUGGAGUUUGACGACGGCGACUCCGGCCGCAUCCCGCUCUCCCACAUCCGACUGCUGCCGCCCGACUACAAGAUCCACUGUGCUGAGCCGUCCCCGGCGCUGCUCGUGUCCAGCUGCUCCCGGAGGAGAGUCCGCAAAUGCAGCAAAGAGGGAAAAGAAGCCGGAACAAAGCCAGAGGAGACGGCUCCGAAGAUCAAAGGGAAACCUGGACGCAAACCCAAACCCAAACCAGAAACCUCCAUGACCACGGACGGCCGAGAGAAGACUGAUCCUGCUCCUCCCUCCUCCCAGCCUGCAGAGAGACCCCAGGCUCCAGCUAAACCUGCCCAGGACCGGACCUCCUCGGUUCAGAAGGCCGGUCCAGAGAAGCCGCGCCCUGCAUCCCGGCCGACCAUGGGGACGCAGGCAAAACCAGUCCGCAAAAGCUCCACCACGUCCCCCACCAGUAGCCCGACCCUCCCCGGCCCAGUGUCCAGGAAGAGCAGCUCGACGCCUGCUUCUAAACCAGCUCGGCCCCUCCCUCCCUCCCUCUACCCGUCCACUUACGGAAAAGUGCUGACUGUGGAUCUGUACAGCGAGCCCAACCUCAGCUCCUACAACAACCAGCGCAGAGAUAGAGAAAAUACCAGCAGUGUCAGUCCCACCACCAACAGACCCAUGUCCAGACCCAUGGCCACGUCUACUGGGACCAAGCUCAGUUCCUCGUCCGUGGCCAGACCCACCUCUGCCUCCACAGCCAAAACCAAACCCUCCUCUGACCAUCACAGCAGCUCCAGACCCAGCCUCCACUCUGGACUCCUUCCCAGCCCCAUCUCCAGGCUGUCAACAUCCAAACCCGGCUCUUCUCUGCCUCCCAGACCUUCGUCAUCCUCAUUGUCUUCUUCAUCCGCCCCCAGACCCAAACUAAAGAUGCCGUCCGACCAGCUGUCCUCCAGCUCCAGCUCCAGACCCGUCUCCAGGCCCAAGCCCAGCGCAGGCCCAAGUGACGGCUCAGGCUCGGCAGUGAGGCGAAAGUCCCUGUCUGCAGAGCCCCUCGUGAAGCUGGACCAUGAAGGUGUCACCUCGCCCAAGACCAAGAAGACCAAGGCUCUGAUGUUGCUCGAGGGUCGAGGCGUCAGACGAGAUCACACCCCCAUCCCCACGGCCUCAGCCAAUCAAAAAGUGCUAAAAGCAAAGGUGAGAGCUCCAGAUAGAGAGACGGUUCUGCCAGAGAAAGACUCCAGCUACAAAGCACCGGUGCUGGUGAAGGAGAAGACGGACAGUCGGGGAGGUGGUGGAAGAGGACAGGAGAUGGACACCAGAGAGGAGAAAGUUAAAAAAGAGGAAAGAAAGGAGGUGGUGAAAAGAAAGGAGAGAAAGAUGAAAGAGGAGUCUCACAGUAGCAGCAGCUCAGAGUCAGAAGCAGAAGGUAACAAAAGGAAGAUGAAGAAAAAGAAGAAAUGCACCUCAAGCUGCUCUUCCUCCUCUUCCUCCUGCUCUGGUUCCUCCUCAUCUUCUUCCUCAUCUUCGUCCUCAUCGUCCUCAUCCUCCACUGACGACACGUCCUGCAGCUCCGAUGAAGAGAAGACGGCUUCACCUCCACCAGGUCCCGUCUCCACCCCUCCGGCACAGGACAAGGCAAAAGAGGUGACUAAAGAAGAGGAAGAAGAGGAGGAGGAAGAAGAGGAGGUGAAGGAGGAGGCAGAGAUGAAAAUGGAGGAAGAGGAGGAACUAUCACCUCCCUCAGAAUCUCCCUCCCCGUCAACCUCUCCGACUCCUGCUCACGCUCCCUCGAAACCCGGUAAACCAGCCACAGGGAAGGGCUCCGGCCAGAGGGGUCGUCCUCCGAAACCGAAGCCCAGCGGAGGAGAAGGGAAAGUGGGGAGACCCAAGCGGAGAGAGGGGGUCCACCUCCCCACCACCAAGGAGCUGGCCAAACGUCAGAGGCUUCCCAGUGUGGAGAACAGGCCCAAGAUCUCUGCUUUCCUCCCAGCCAGGCAACUCUGGAAGUGGUUCGGGAAACCAACUCAGAGACGCGGUAUGAAGGGCAAGGCGAAGAAGCUCUUCUACAAGGCCAUCGUCCGCGGCAGAGAGAUGAUCCGCAUCGGAGACUGUGCCGUGUUCCUGUCGGCCGGCCGGCCCAACCUGCCCUUCAUCGGCCGCAUCCAGAGCAUGUGGGAGUCGUGGGGCAGCAACAUGGUGGUCAGGGUGAACUGGUUCUAUCAUCCAGAGGAGACGAAUCCUGGGAAGAAACUUAUCGACAAGAAGAACUGGGAUCAGAUGUGUGGUCAGUCUUUACCGGCAGCGAUGCACUCUUCUAUCCAGAGGAACGACUUCAUGGAGCGCGCCCUGUACCAGUCGUCUCACAGCGACGAGAACGACGUGCAGACGGUGAGUCACAAGUGUCUGGUGGUGAGCGUGGACGAGUACGAGCAGAUGACCCACACGCGCCGCUACGCCGACAGCGAGGACCUCUACUACCUGGCCGGCACCUACGAACCCACCACCGGCAUGAUCUUCAACACUGACGGAGUCCCGGUCAUCUGCUGAAAUAAAAACAAACUAAUUGUGACCCGACCUAACGACCUUGGACCUCGCUGAAACCGGACCCACGGUCUAAUCACUGGUCUCACGAUUGAGGUUUUGGCUCCAGAACCAUGACGCCCUUCAACCUGACUGUCACGAGCAGCCGCCUCCACCACCACAGACACGGGAGACACUACAGACAGUAUUAAAAAAAGGAACAAGUCUCCUGAAACAUUUGCACACACAGACUCCAUCGUCACAAACUGUUUUUCCCUCGUGGUCGUGUUCGCGGGAACGUUUCAGAACACGCCCGAGUGCUUCAGUCACCUUCUACGUGUAAAUAUACUCUGCAGAAAACACACUUACGCCCACAUGCACAGACACGUGUAAAUACUCACCUCAUGUAACACACACACACACACACAAAGUUAUAUAGAGGAGAAUAUGAGUGUUUUAUUUUCAUGUAACAGAUUUAUGUCAGAGUACUUUUUGCUAUAAGAGGUAAAACCGUCAAGGAGCUUUAAUGAACUGUGAAUGGUGAUACAGGAGAAAGGUGUCUGUCUGUCUGUCCACCUACAGAUGGGGGGGCGGACGGACACACACACAUGCCGUUGGUGUGACGUUGUGAUUCUGAUGUUGCCGUGGUGAUGUUACAGUCAUGUUACAGUCAUAUAAAUGUAUCUACGAGAACAGCAGGAGCGAUGGACAGAUGCAAAAAAAAAGGAGAGACGCACAGAAAGAAAAUAGAGAGAGAGAGUGAGAGGUAGAGUUGCAAUCCAAAAGAGAGCACUUAUAAAAAAACACUUAAAGUCUACCCUCCUUUUAUUUAACCCCCUUUGAUCCCCCCACCCCCCUGUGACAAUCCUCAAACCCGAGCAGGAGAAUCUGUCCUCGCGAGACUAGAACCUCUGAUUCCCUCAGACUCAGGCUGAAGAGAGAGAGAGAGAGAGAGGAAGGAACCUUCUCAUUUUAAUCUUUUGAGUUCCUUACGUUUAGAGGAAAAAUCCACCCGGGAAUAACUUGAACACUGUUUUUACAUUUCGUUGUCUCGCCUCUUUUGCACCGAGGUUGAACAGCAACAAAGGGAAAAGUGGAUCUUUAGAGCAGGCGCCAGUUUUCUGCUUCUGGGGCGUGGGAACAAAAAAUAUUUAGACGAGGAGAAAAAUGGAGUAAACUUAAAAACUUGCAAAGUAACUCCAUGAAUGUACGGAACGAGACGAGCAGUGUACGAGUCCCCGAGGUGGAUUUUUCCUUUUCUUUAAGGUCGUAAACACUCGCAGCCUUUCCCAGGAUGCAUCAAGGUCGUGGCUCUGACGUUCAGUGUAAAGCUGCCAGCACUGAUUUGAUCAACACAAUUACAUUUUUUACCGCUCAUCCUCUCGCGCUCAGAGCGGCUGCGGUGUUUGCGACCUCUAACUGUCCCGUGUUGGAUGUGUUUUAUAUUUCUUUUGCUUCUGCUGUUUUAUGGACGUCCAUCCGACCCUCUUACGAUCACAUUUCACCCUCCAAGCUCUUGUUUGACAUGAGUGCACUUUGAAUUAGCUCUGCUGCAGAGGAGUGUUGUAUACGUCUUCCUAGAGUAUUUGCCUAAAAACCCACACACAGAGACACACACACCUAGCCCACACCCCUUCCUACUCCUUGUUCUUUUUCGGCUCUCUCAGCUGCUUAUGAAUUUUUUCUAUGUGCCUAGUUUAACCGUUUUUUAGGGUGAGACUGUUGAAUGUUGUGCUCGGGGUUGUGAGCGUUUGGGUGGCCUUCACUCUCCCAGGCCUUGUGAUGACGAGUCACCAAAUCCCUCGUAGGUUCCACACCCCCCCCGUUCUCCCGCCGUUACCCUUGGCUCCUCAAGGAGCUGGGGGGGGGGGGGAUCGGACUGGUAUUUUCUCCAGUCUGCUGACAUAGGGAAACACAGUUGUUCUGAAUGAUUUCGAGUUGAAACAACCCUCCGUUCCUGAGCUCUUAACCCACUUGACUACACUAUUGUGUAUAGAGUGUAUCAGAUAUAUGAGUAUACAGUAAAUGCUGUAUAUACCGUUUAUAUCUGUUGGUAUCAUGUUGAUUUUCUUGUAUGUUUCUUACCACGUUGCCGUCUCUCUGCGUCACUGCAGAGACUGAAGAUUGUCUUGUUGAUAUUCAAUAGGUUUAAUAUUUUCUACUCUCUUGAGAUCUUUUGGUUUUUGUCUGGAUUUGUCUGAUUUUAUUUUAAGGAUAUAUCAUAGUUUUAUUCUCGCUGACGCGUCUGAAGGAUGACUCAAGAUGUUGAUGUCGUUAACGGGACAUUUUUCGCAGAUAAAAUGACAAACGACUUCCGCCAGCGUCUCAGCACGUUUAUGUAGAAUCCUGCCAUGAUGGCGACCCAGUAAAAAUAAUGUUGAUGAUCCGCCGACUCUCUUGGGCUGAAAGUGGUUGAGCAGGUACAGAGUCGCUUUAUGUUUUCUGACAUUACACGAUGCCAGAAAAUCACAUCCGCUAAAGCCCCAGCUGCUGCUGCAGCUGCUGCUCAUGUUUGGCAAACAGGAGUCGGCUGUUUGAAACCCAGCGUUCUGCAGACAGUGGAUCUCCGGCUGGUUCCUCAGCUGUGGGGGGGGAUCCGGUAGACCCGUCGUACCUGUGUUUGCAGAGUGAACAAGUUAAAGUGCCCAGUUAUGAAUGUUUGUUUACCCCUGGAGCUGCUAAAGCACUUUUUUUGUCUGUGUGAGAGAGACACACACACAUCACACUCUUUUCCCCUUAUAUUAUCACUCAACCACACACAGGGUGAAUCUGGGUGAUCUGGUACAUUGGGGGAUGUGGGACACCGGACGUCCAGUGUGUUUAUUUCCUGAUCUAACAAAGUAGUCAACCCCAGUUUUACUGCAGUUUUGACACAGUUGUCCGUGAUUUUAAAGUUAAAAAUCUGUCAUAAAUAAGAUAAUGUUCCUAUUUGUUAUCAGAUUGUGUUCGUCGUCCAUUCAAGCAAAUAAUAAUAAUAAUAGUGAAUUUUAUUUCACGUCACCUUUCAAGUUGCCCAAGGACACUUUAAAAUACAUACAAAAAUAAACAUGAGUAAAUUAAUUAUAGUGUCGAAAAAGUGUUUUGUUCCAUUUUAUCAAAUGUACAUAAACAAUUUAAUCAAUUAUACAUUUUAAAAUGUGGGAUCAUUAUUUAAGUUCGCUGCUCGUUCUUUAUGAAAACAUAUGACUCCCUACAUGUUUAUAUGAAUUAGUGAGAUUUAUGUGAAUAAUUUCCUUUUUCCUCUUCUGUCUGUCAUGAUGCUUUUUAAAAUGUGUUGAUACAGAACUUUGGCCUGCAUUAAGAUUCAGGCUUUUUUAACUACUCAUAUUAGAAAGUGAUACUUCCCAGGUCAGCAAAUUCAGUUAAAUAUCAGAAUAGGUUGCAGAAGUAAAAAUGUGCAAAAGAUCACCCAAAUUCUCCCAACACGUCUUUAUAACCCUUAAAGUGAGUUAUUGCCUUCCGAUGUCUAUAAACCCACCAUCUCCAUCCAAAGUCCAGCCUUAGGCCUUCAAACAGGGUCCAACACACACACACACACGUAUUCCCCACAUAGCCUUCAUUUGGUGUCAUAUGUUUUAAGAGCCUGGUGUCGUAUAUGUUAUGUCUAUCACCGUUUAUAUGUUUUACUUUUGGUCUCGGUCUGAUUUAAUUUUCCUCAUCUCCUUUUUGUUUAAAAAAAAUGUUUCGCGUCCCUCUCUGAACAAUCGUCCAGGCCGCUCCAGCAAAUUCUGCUGACAGGCGCCGGGAGCUAGCUGCUAGAGAGAGAGAGAAAGAGAGAGAGAGAGAGAGGUGGACUGGAGGCUGGUUCUUCGUCUGCUGUUCCUUCAGUAUCGUUAUCGUCCUGUUACAGAAAAAAAAUAAAGAUUAUUUUGAAAAUAAAUAGAAAAAUCAUCUAAGUUUUGUAAAUGAUCCUUCAGCGUUGAGGGGAGAAAAAGCAGAAUAUACUUUGUACACGUGGAAUCUUGUAAAAAUGCAAAAAGAAAACAUUUUAGGGAUGAAUCUGAAACCAGAUCUAUUCUGUUGCUCUAUACUGUACGUGUAAGUAUUUGUCUUUUUUUUUUUCUUUUUUUUUUUUACAGACAGCAACCAUGUUUAUCAGUGUUUCUUUUAAAUUGUUUUAGUAACUCAGUAUUUUAUAGUUAAUCAAUAAACAGAUGGAACUGUA